GCGUCCGCCUUCUGUCGAGUGCGCGGAGCUCCGCACAGUCAACAGGAGGCUCGGAGAGACACCUGGAUAAAGAGCCACGGACUGAACCGCGGCGUUCACCCGCCACAGAAUCCAGGUCGUGACUUCAUUUGGGCUGGUGGAGUUGGUCCAUUCAGGUGCUGGUUGUACCUGGUCAACCUGGUGCGAACGAAACGAUGGCGAAGCAGAGCUGAGACGGGUUCAAUUAGAGAUUCUAGGAGGGCUUUCUCUUAAGACUUUUUUUUUUUUUUUUCGGACAAAAUGAGGAGUACAAGUGGUUUGGAAGCGGCGCGAGGUUGCCGCCACAUUGAGGAGCUCUAAGUGCACUUUGCAGGGGUGUCUUGUUAAUUGAAUCGAUCCCACGGUUUUCUCCCCCCCCCCCCUCCCCCUCCCCCUCCCAAUUUGCGCACCUUCAUCAUGACUUCACUAUCGGGGUCCAAGGAGAGAUCCGUGACCGGCCGGGGCAGAAAGUACACGAUGCCCGACUCUUCCCCUACCAAAUCAGCCUCCUUUUUCCCGGACACGUGGUACCGAAAGGCUUACGAGGAAACCACCCGGUCAAGCUCCCGUCCCCCACCCGAGGGCGCUGGCUCUAUGCCCAGCUCUACGGGUACCCCUUCUCCUGGCUCGGGGAUCUCCUCCCCAGGGUCCCUCUCUGGAUCGCCAGGGACCAUCUCCCCGGGGAUUUGCACUGGAUCUCCGGGUUCUCUUGGUGGCUCUCCGGGGUUUGGGACGGGUUCCCCGGCCUCGGGCAGUGGAAGUUCUCCUGGGAGUGAAAGAGGGAUUUGGUGUGAUAACUGCAACACAAGGCUGACAGAGCUGAAAAGACAAGCGUUAAAACUCCUCAUCCCGGGACCUUACUCCAGCAAGGACCCGUCCUUCACCCUCCUCCUCCAUGAUAAGCUGCAAGUCCCCAACAGUUCCCGACGGGCAUGGAACGAGCACGACAGUCGCUGUGACGUGUGUGCCACUCACCUCACGCAGCUCAAACAGGAAGCCGUGCGCAUGGUGCUCACCCUGGACCAGUGGGAUUUGUCUCCCUCCUCAUCCCCUCCUCCCCUCUUUGGGUGCUACGCAUCCCAGGGAGCUCUCGGAGCAUCCGGAUCGAGGGAAUGGCCCUCCUUGUUUGUCCCUUCCUCUUCCCCGUCAUCUGCAGCUGCCGUUUCGCACGUCACUCGCCCCUCAUCGCCGUCACCUUCCCCAAGUCCCAGCCAGACCCCGACACCGAGCCCCAGCCACGGACCGUCCGCCCCUGCUCACGGGAGUCCUUCUGCUGGACAAACAACCUCCGGUGUUCCCUUGAACCAACAAGUGCAUAGACUGGGCUCCAAACCCAGCUCACUGGGGCUUGGAAGUGGGAUGGAAAGACGCAACGGGUCCCCCUGUUCUGGAAAAUCAGCCGUGGCCCACCAGCAAACUGUGAGUGCAGUAAACAGUCCAGGGAAUAGCAGUACAAACAGCAGUAACAACACAGCAGGUCAUCAGCACAUGAACAGAACUAAUGGAGGAGUUACGCUCUAUCCGUACCAGAUCUCCCAGAUAGUGUCGGAGUCGUCCAGAGAAGGUUUGACCGAGGCUGCCCUGAACCGCUACAACACACACUCACCUUCGCACACCAACUCAACACCACACACAAACUCACCAUCACACACUGCGGCGACCACCAGCACGUCACAGAGCACCGGCUCGUCUGCAGCCUCCUUCUUUGCCAGAGCUGCACAAAAACUGAAUCUAGCAUCCAAGAAGAAGAAGCUGAAAACCGCCACGACGGUGCAGCUGCCUGUGACAUCAUCUUCACCGACCUGCGACAGCCAAUUGUUCCCCACCAAUUUCAGCUCCGCCCUGUUAGCAGCCCCGCCCCCGGCUCCACCCUGCCUUCUCCGUGCGGCCAAUAAGAUCAAAGACACACCAGGUCUAGGAAAGGUAAAAGUGAUGGUGCGUGUGUGUCCGGCAUCUCAGUCGGACGCGGCAGAGUCUAGUUCUUUCCUCAAAGUGGACCCCAGAAAGAAACAGAUCACCAUCAUGGACCCGUCGGUGAAUCAGACGGGUCCAAGUGCUGCCUCCCAGAAGAGAGCGAUGGGCAGCCAGGUCCCUCCAAAGAUGUUUGCCUUCGACGCUGCCUUCCCUUCUGAUGCGUCGCAGGCGGAAGUGUGCGCAGGAACAGUUGCCGAGGUGAUUCACUCGGUGGUGAAUGGAGCAGAUGGAUGUGUCUUCUGCUUUGGACACUCCAAGCUGGGCAAAUCCUACACCAUGAUUGGCCGCCAUGACUCCCUACAGAUGCUGGGUAUCAUCCCCUGUGCUAUCUCCUGGCUCUUUAAGCUCAUCAACGAGAGGAGGGAGAAAACAGGGGCGCGCUUCUCUGUCCGCGUGUCCGCAGUUGAGGUUUGGGGCAAAGAGGAGAACCUGAAGGACUUACUCUCUGAGGUGGCAACUGGCAGCUUGCAGGAUGGACAGUCACCUGGAGUCUACCUGUGCGAGGACCCCAUCUGUGGCAUGCAGCUCCAGAACCAGUCCGAACUGCGCGCUCCGACGCCAGAGAAGGCAGCCUGGUUCUUGGACGCGGCCAUUGCGGCUCGCCACAGCAACCAGCGUCCCGACACCACCGAAGAAGACCACAGGAACUCCCACAUGCUGUUUACGUUGCACAUUUACCAGUACCGCAUGGAGAAGACAGGCAAAGGAGGAAUGUCGGGAGGUCGCAGUCGCCUCCAUCUGCUGGACCUCGGCAGCUGUGAUGUCGGCGUCCUCGGAGGCGGAAUGGUCGGGAAGGCCAGGGAGAACUCUUCGCCCAGCUCGGCCCCUCUGUGCCUUUCCCUGUCAGCGCUCGGCAACGUGAUCCUGGCCUUGGUCAACGGAAGCAAACACAUCCCGUACAAGGACAGCAAGCUGACCAUGUUGCUGAGGGAGUCGCUCGGCAACAUGAACUGCCGGACCACCAUGAUCGCUCACAUCUCGGCCUCCCCCGGGGAUUUUUCGGAAAGCCUCUCCACCGUCCAGAUCGCAUCUCGUGUCCUCCGCAUGAAGAAGAAAAAAACUAAGGUCACCGUGCAGUACACCUCCAGCUCCUCUGGAGGAGAGAGCUCCUGCGAGGAGGGUCGCAUGCGACGGCCCACUCAUCUGCGGUCUUUCCAUCACCGCGACUCCAACUCAGACUCACUGCUGCGCCUGUCCAGCGACCAGGACGAGCAGUAUUCAAGCAGCGAGCAGUCCUGUGACACGGUCAUUUACGUGGGUCCCAACGGGGCCGCUGUAUCAGACCGAGAGCUGACAGACAAUGAGGGUCCGCCGGAGUUUGUGCCGAUUAUUCCCGCCCUGCUGCGAGCGAAAACAUCAGAGACGCAACAAAGUCAGGCGAUCCAGAAGCAGGUGCAGCCCGAGCCCGAGAGCCAGGACCAGCAAGGGGGUCUAUCUCAGGCCCAGCCCGCUCAAUCCGUACUUGGACAACCAUUGGCCCCCGUGCCUGAGGAGGGAGCCGAGUGCCUAAAAUGUAACACCUUUGCUGAGCUGCAGGAGAGACUGGACUGCAUUGAUGGCAGUGAGGAGGUGCCAAAGUUUCCCUUUGAGGAGGUUCUGGUCUGUAAACAAGGAUCCAGAGAUCCAGGUUUCCUUUCUGCCGAUUCAGUCGCACCUGCUGAGACGUCCUCUGCUGCUCCAUUGGAUACAGAGGUCAAAACAGGAGGUGCAGUCCAGCUCUCCUACUCCUUAACGGAACCUUCUAAGAGGAAGACAAAUGACGAGCAGCUGCAGGAUAUCAAGGAGGUGGUGGAGGAGGCGGAGCUGGCUCAGACCAUGAUCCACAGUCUGGCUCAGAGUUCUGGGUCUGCCCUCAUGUCUGGGUGCAGGAAUGUCACAGGAAGCAAUGCCUCGAACCUUCUUCACAGGGCCAAGGCCUCGCACCAGCAUGACGGUCGUGAGAGUCUGUCUAUGGGAGUUAACACUGAGGCGAAGACACGGCCACUCGGAUCACCACGCCUUGGCAUCGCCAGCCUGACGAAAACUUCAGACUACAGGCCUCCGUCCUCGCCGUCUCAGCGGUGUAAAGUGUAUACUCAGAAGGGAGUGAUACCAGCAACAUCCCCACUGUCUUCACACACUUUAUCUCAGGAUGGACAAGCAACUGAAGCUUUGACCUCUGACAACAGUCUGGCUGCAGACAGUGGCCGCUCUUCAACUGAGUGCCCGCUAUCCAGAACAUCUCCUCUUGGCAUGAGUCCACAAGUCAAAGACCCAAGGCCAUCUCUGUCUGCCAGCCUGGGCUCAGCAGAAACCCUCUGUGACGAUGACGUACCACAGAUACCCUUGGAUACACACAGGGAUGGACUAGCUGGACAUCACUUGCUGUGUGAGGCUCUAUUAGUACACAUGGGGGCUUUCGGAGAAGAGGAGGCGCUCGAUGACGCAGCCCUCAUAAUGACACAGAAUCUAACCUGCCGCCCGCCGAGCAUCAUCAGCUUCAAUAGCGACUGCUGCUCUGUGGACGCCCAGCCCGGCGGAGCCCUCACAAGCCCCGUUGAGGAUGGCGAUGCAGAGAGCAAUCAUGUGAUUGCAACAAGCUCUGGAGUUACAGAGGUUGUUGCCAAGGCAGAGGUGGCAAUGGCUAAGCUGCGCAUGGACGGGGAUACAGCAGCCUCAGUGAUGUCCCCUAUCGCCUCCUGGAUGAGUGAUCUGAGUGGGUGCAGUGUGGGUGAUUACUCGCUCCACAGCUUCAGCCAGUCCCAAAGUCAGCAAGGAGAAGCCCUGUCUGAACCCAACCAAAUUUUCUUUGGACUGGAUGGGUCAGGAGAUAAUGGAAGCAGUGGAUGUUUUAGAAGAGGAGGUUUGGAGGGAGAGCUGUCGGAGAACAGAUGGGAGAAGGGAACACCAACCAAGGAACGGUUGAGAAAACUGCCACCAUCUAUGGCUAAAACGACCAUCCAGUCCUUGACAACACUUGGGAACCUCUCCACCUUCAAGACGCCAAUCAGUGGUCACUCAUGUGUAGCUAUCAAACAGAUGGCCAUGCAGGAACCUACGAUCUGCUCCUCACCGACAAAUUUCAACCUACAACAGUUAGCUUCCAUUUCCAGUGAGAUGAGCUUUGAGGACCCCUGGCUGAUGCGUGGUAUGGAGGAUGGGAGGCCCAAAGAGGAGGUCAGGCCAGUGAAGAGGGAGGCGGAGCAUUCAAAGAGCCAAUCAGGCCAGAAGAUUGAAGCAGCUGGCAAUGAGAACCUUGAUAAUUUCUGCAGGGAUGCAGUUGAAGAUCAUGGUGGCUCUAGUGCAGGCGCAGAGGUGGUGUCAUCUCCAGACUCUCUAAAGAGAGUGGUGGAUGGCUGUGAGAUGGUCAGUGCUGUUGGCCAAGCAGAGUGCUUGGCUGAUAACUACAACCCAGAAAUCCAUCGAACUGCCAGUCUCCCUCGUGCCUGGCAUCGCCUGAACCGCCAGGACGGCUUAGAAAACACAACGGAGUACAAGUAUGUUGGUGCCACCUCUUCAACUCCCUGCAGUCCCCGUGCCACCCUUGACCGCAGGGGAUCAACUGGAAAACAAGGCUUUUUCUCCAACAAGAAGGGAGGGAUCCCCCCUUUACCACCUAUACGCAAGUCCAGCCUUGACUUGCGGAACAGGGCAGCCAGUCCACUACACCAGCCCAUCCAUGAGGUCUCAAUUGUGGGCAGUUCUUCAGAUGAUGCAUGUGGUACCAGACAACAUGACUCCAGUAUAGACAGUAGCAGACUAUUUAGUGCUAAGCUGGAGCAACUUGCAAGCAGAACUAACUCUUUAGGCCGAGCCCACAGUGGCUCGCACCACUAUGACUGCUUCUCCCUGGAAAGGGCUGAGAGCCUCAGAGGGGGAGGAUCGAAGGGAGACGGCACCAUGCCUCGUACCGGCCGCAGCCUCACUCGUGCUGGAAAUGGCUUCGGAGGCAGUCCUGGUCCGAGCAGCGCCCCACAGUCGCCUGCCAAAUCAAGCGGCCAGUCAAAGAUCUCAGCUGUCAGUAAGCUGCUGAUGACCAGCAGUCCCAAAGCCAGGAGUCUGUCUGCCUCCAGCACCAAGACUCUCAGCUUUUCGACCAAGUCUCUGAGCCAAGCCUCCAGUAGAAGCUCAAGCCUUCCCCCUAAUGGAAAGCCACAGGCCACCAUUCAGGGCCCUGUGCAGCAGCAGGGACCCUCUCCUGCAUCCUGGUCUACGCAAUCUCUGAGCCGCAGUCGAGGGGGAAGUUUGGCUGCCAAGCUACCCCUGCGGGCAGUCAAUGGCCGCAUCUCAGAGCUUCUCCAAGGUAGUGCCGGAUCACGUUCCAGGAAUCAUGCCCAGGGAGGAGCUGUGAAUCCAGCAGAGGAGAAAGGGGCUGAAGGGGCAAGCGGAGGGGCACCGGGUGCAGGUGUUGCUGGAGGUGGCCCAGGGGAGGAAAGAGCAGCAGCGGUCCAAACCCUUCCCUCUCCUUACAGCAAGAUCACUGCUCCGCGAAAACCACAUCGCUGCAGCAGUGGCCACGCCAGCGACAACAGCAGCGUACUGAGUGGUGAGCUUCCCCCGGCCAUGGGGAAGACGGCCUUGUUCUAUCACAGUGGAGGCAGCAGCGGCUACGAGAGCAUGCUGAGAGACAGCAGCGAGAACACAGGAAGUACUUCCUCUGCUCAGGAUUCACUCAGUGAGCACAGCUCGGCCACCACCUCCUCCAGACGCAGCUCCAAGAGCAACAAGAAGAGCAGGAGCAACGUUGGACACUUAGGAGGUCUCCAGCGUCGUCGGCUGAUUCCCGCACUGACCUUGGACUCAUCCUCGUCUCCUCACCGCUCUGCCAAACAGGCUGCCACGUCCUCUUCUUCCUCCUCCUCCAGCCCAGGUGCAUGCUGGGUGGACGGACCUCUGGGGCCGCCUGCCUCCGGAACCCUACGAGGUCCGUCGGCCACAGCGGAGGCCUUUGAGAUCAAAGUGUACGAGAUUGAUGACGUCGAGCGCCUGCAGAAGAGGAGGGACAAAGGUGGUAACAAGGGGAUGGUGUACGUCAGCGGCAAACUUCGCCUGCUGGAGCACCGUCAGCAGCGGAUCAGCGAGGUCCGAGCCAAAUAUCAGUGUUUGAAGAAAGAGCUGGAGCAGACCAAACAGCACCUGAUGCUGGAGCCUCUCACAUGGACCACAGAGUUUGAGCUGCAGCAGGUCUACGAGGUGGAUUCACUGGAGUAUUUGGAAGCUCUGGAGACGGUGACAGACAAACUGGAGAACAGAGUGAACUUCUGCAAAGCUCACCUCAUGAUGAUCACCUGCUUCGAUGUGUCGUCCAGACAUCGGUAGACGCACGGCGAAGCGGCGGACCGCUUCCUCUGACAAUAUAGAAACUGCUCCCAAAUAAAGGCAUCUCGUCUGGGAUAUUUUAACGAGUUCUCGUGACGGACUGACCCAAUAGUCCUCACGUCUUCUCCACUUAUAAGUAAACGGAAGGGCAGGUGAUGGAUGAAUCAAUUCGAGGUGCACUGAGAUAGCUAAGUGGCCAUUGGGGAGAGCCUGCCUGUCAUAUGGAAGGGCAGAAGGGCUGAACAAGCCGUUCACGAGGAAGCGUUCAAACAACUUACAGUCUUUUUUCUUUUUAAUAGUACCUUAUAUACAGCUUCAUAAGAAGUACAAAACAAGAAGUUGGGGCUCACAUCAUUCCCUGUUGUGAAGUUUAAGAGAGAAAGUCAGAGUCAGAAGGACAAUUAUACGUGACGGGAAAAAGUGCCUUGUUAAAAUUUCAACAAUACCAAGAAGAAUUUGACUUUGUCAACAUAGCACGGUGCUAGGAUAGUAAAACAUACAAAUGAUGAGUGUCUUUGAGGGAUUCAUUGUCAUCUCGAAACAUGAUGUGCAACUGUGGGUCAUUGUUUCCUUAUGUGAUGAAACAUCCUUAUGCGCAGGGUUCAAGCUAGCUGAGCUCUCGCACAUUACAUUCAUCCAACUGUGGAUGUCUAAUAUUCUCAAUGAAUCCAUUUUCUACGGCGCUUAUCCUCAUUAUGAUCAUGACUGAGCUGGAGCCUAUCCCAGCUGACUUUGGGCGAGAGGACUGAUCGUCACCAUCGCUGGGUACUUACAGAGAAAAUUGACUUGGCAUACUGUACAGUAUGUUUUUGCAAUGUGGGAUGAAGCCGGAGUAGGCUGCAACCUCGGGGAGAGCAUGAUGAGAUUUGAACCCAGGACCUCAGAACUGAUGGGCAGAAGUGCUAACCACGAGCACUAGUCCUGCAUUUUCCCAUGUGAAAUGUAUUUUUCAUAAGGAAUGCACAAUUUUCACUUGUGGGUGACAGCCCUGGCAGCACGCUGUUACCAAUUACACUUACAUUCAAUAAGUGAGCAGAUCUGUGCCCCACCACACAGUUUACAGUGUAAAACAAAAAGUAGCACAUUGGUGCCUUGAGAUACAAGUUUAGUUCAUUCCAUGACCACGUUCGUAACUCAAAACUCGCUUUCCCCAAUGAAAUGAGUGGAAAUGCCAUCAAUCAGUUCCAGGCAACCCUAAAAAAAACAACAAAAAAACGUGUCAUGUGUUUUCUAAAUAAGGAAAAUAGCACACUAUAAUGUAUAUAACAAUGAAAUAGAAUGUAACGGAAUAAACAGUGUGUGUGACAAACAAAGAAGAAUUUUACUUAACUACUGGAAGUGACUCAGUAAUCUGCAGUAGUAUUAGUCGUUUUUCGCAGACGAUAAAGAAUAUAUGCCUGUGAGUAUGGUUAUAUUGUGUUGCUACCCAAUUUAUAUUAAAAUAUUCGCUUUUCAAAGGGUUAUACGCCACAACUACUUUAUCUGUGCUAGUUUUUAGCCCGUCUAUGGCGUUUUCUAUGAAGUGUUAGAAUUAGGCUAGCGGGGGCCUUCCUAAAGCAAAGUUGUUUGGUCGUUUCAAAUGCAUGACAUGUAAUUCUCUUUGUUUUGUUUAGUUUGACAGUAAACUCUCACUGGGAGUGACAUUAAACACCUUACUGCCAGACUGCUGCUUGUUGUGUUAGUCAAAGUAAAAAAUAGGACCAUCGAUGGCUCACACCUGGAAAUAAAUACUCAAUAGUCCGGUCACUCUUAUCUCAAGGCAUCACUGUGCUAUGUAUAUUAGUUAUCACACCACCAAAAAAACAGCAAGGGUCUACAAACCUGACAAGACUGAUUUUGUUGUUUAUUUAGAGCCAUCCCGUCAGGCUCAACUAACAACUCGAACCCUGCUUAUACAGGAUGGUUGCAUGUUCAGGACAUUGGUGAAGAGACUUACAUUUUGUGAUUUAAGAAAAGAAAAAAAGCUGAAAGAAUAAACGUAAUCAGGUCAUUUAUAAUACUUCAAAAGGGACCAAAAAUGCAAUGGAAUUUAAGUCAGCACACAGUGAUUAAACAGGUUAAAAAAAAAUAAAAAAUGGAGGUGCUGUUUUAAGCUUGACUUUGUACUCUCAAACUUUCCUAUGCUGCUCACUGAUGUCGUAUGGAUGUGAGGAUUUUUCCGUGUUCACAAAGCAGUGAGACAUGCAGGAAUGUUUCUUUCUGCCUGGCGCAUCCAUCGGUCGACACUUGUCUGUUAUUUGUAUCUGUGUUGUUCAGCUCUACUUGUAAAGAAACUCAAUGACUUGUUCAUGUGUGUGUUUUAUAAUAAUUGAAGGCAAUGGGACCGCGUAGACAGCUAUAUUCGGCAUCACUUAGGAGACAUUAAACAACGUCACAGUUAGCUCUCACGUCUGCGGUUCAAUUAAGAUGAUGGUUUUCCUGGCAUUAUUUGUUGGAUCUGUAACACAUCAGCUAAUGAAGCCUUCCCACAGAUGUCAUUUUCACAAUUGGAGAACGCCUCAGAGGCAGUAAAUUGGAUGAAGCCUAUUUCAUGGCUUACUAGUUAGUCAUUAGUAUUAGUAUCAAUUAGUCAUGGAAAAUAGAUAAGUAUUACAUUUCUAUAAUGUGAUUAUCACUGGGUGACAAAAGUUGCAAGUUUAGUCUAGAAAUUAUAAUAAGAAGGAAUUAAAGCCAGGAAAAGCCAUUGGGUUCAGCAGUCUAGUUAUGGCUGUCAAUGCAAAUAAAUAUUCUGAAACAAAUAUAAAAUAUAUAUAUGCCAAUGAAGAGGACUAAAGUUAGGGGGAAAAGAUUAAAUUAGAGGCAGUGAUCUCUGCUGGGUUCCAUGUCUUUUACAUGAUUUUAUAUCUCUCUCUAUGGUGCUUGAAAUGUUUAUGCUCUAAAUGUUUGUACAAAUAUAAAUAUAUGAAAUGAAAGAGUCAGUUUGUGUCAGAAAUAACCUUUAAAACAAAUCUUUACCAUCAUUAUUGCGGCUUCGAUAGUUAACUACCCUCCUCCUUCUCCUGAGCGAUUUGUUUCUCAGUGUUCAAUGUAUGCCAAAUUGGAGGAGAUAACGUUACAGUAGCGGUAAAUAUACUGGGUGAGGUUUGGACCUUUUCAUGAGUUGACUGCUGACUGAGUCAAAAGUCAUUUAUCUGCACAUGCCAAGGGAGACGGGAGGUCAUCUCCUGGGAGCAUAGCGGAAAACCUAAAGUAUGUUUGAUAAACUGGCCUCGUGAUGUGUUUAUACAGAAGGUGCAACAUGGGAACGUUUGCUAUUUUCUUUCUCAUAGUGAAUCAAUGUCUAUUUAUUUCAGCUCUUAAUGUGUAUUUAUUUAAGCCUUAUGAUGUUUAAAGGUUACGAUGCAUUUAAGAUAAAAAAGGAUAACUGUAUAUACUUAACCAAACAUGUUGAAUAUAGUAAAUAUACUGAUAAGCCCCAUAAUGAUUCCUACACUGGCCAUACUUGUUAAAAAGAAUACUUUUAGCUGGAACUGAAACAUAAAACAGCCAAACAAUGUAAGAAGUAUUUUAAAAAUUCUAUUCCCAUUAAUGUAUCUAUUAAAUAGCAUUUUGGCAAUUCUUUCCAUGUUCAAAAUAAGUUCGAUAUGGCUGAAGUCACCAGGAUGCUUUAGAAUGGUGCAAAUGUUUAAAACCACCACCACCACCACCACUAACAAUAGAAAGGCAGAAUGUCAUCUCAUUUGCCACUUUCUUGUGCCAAUUCCAGACAGAUGAUACCAAUUAAACACAUUUAAAAAAAUCUCAAAAUGCGUCCAGGGUAUGCAUUACUUGGUGUUCAACUGUAUAUACUUUACACACAUCAUUUAUAUACUCACCUAUAAUUCCUUUUGGCCAUAUUGAGGGUUGAAGACUAAAAUGCUUCAAAUAAUUAGAAUACUUGUAACUGUACUAACCACAUCCUAGUGUGCUAAGAUGCUCACGUUUUGAAGAUGGUUAAUGGCCAACUCUUUGUCUGAUGUUAGUGGAUGUCAGCUUUCAGAACUAUUGGUUUAUAGGCUAUGAUACUAUUACAUAUCAAAAAACAAGUUAACCUACAGCUCGGAUUAUUUGCACAAGUCUGUUUUCUUUGUUGUGCUUUUUUUUUCCCCCCAGUCAUAAGUGGCAAUCCGUGGAAGAAGUGAAUCAACACUGUCAUAACGAGUCGAGCUCAGCGUGAACAAUUCUGAAGUACGUCAAGUGUGAUAUUCUCUGUGCAUGAUUUGAGACUGGAACUGUCUUUUGACACAGUAUGUUGGUAGUUGAACAACGUGGUCGAAUGUAAAUAAAGGAAUGUAUUCAAUGAA